CAGGAUGGUGAUAUCAUUAUCGGAGGAGUAUUUCCUCUUCAUGACAUCAUUGAGGUAUCCAAUUUGCCCUUCACGUCUGAGCCAAACUAUGGAAUGUGCAAUGACCGCUUCAAUAUUAGGACUUAUCGGUGGAUGCAAGGAAUGAUCUUCGCAAUUAAUGAAAUAAAUAGAAGCCCAGCACUCUUGCCAAACAUAACUUUGGGUUAUGCCAUCUACGAUACUUGCUAUAAUAUUCCUAAAGCUAUUGAGGAUGCAUUUGCUCUGAUAUCUGGACAGCAGAAAUUCACACCAAAUUACCAAUGCCAGUUAAAUUAUUCCUUGGCUGCUGUAAUUGGUGCCUCAACUUCAACAAUCUCAAACGCAAUGGCAACAAUACUUGGGAUCUAUCGUUAUCCUCAGAUUAGUUACUUCUCAUCUAUCCCACGUCUCAGUGAUAAAGAAGAAUUCCCAUCCUUUUUUCGCACUAUGCCAAGUGAUAUAUUUCAGUCUAGGGUCUUUGUCCUUUUGGUGAAACACUUUGGUUGGAAAUGGGUGGGAAUAUUAGCAGAUGAUAUUGACUAUGGAAUACAAGCAGCUCAGAUUUUUAAAGAGGAAGUAGAACGUCUCGGAGUGUGCAUCGCCUUUUCCGAGACAAUUCCAACAGACAAAUCUAGAGAAAAGUAUCUUCAAGUUGUUGAUACAAUAAGAAUGUCAUCUGCAAAGAUUAUAGUUGCUUUUUCUUGUGACACUAAUAUAGUUCCUUUGCUUGAAGAGAUUGUUAGACAAAAUAUAACCAACAGAACAUGGCUAGCAAGCGAAGGUUGGAGUACAUCGGGUCCCCUAAUUAUUAUAAAAAAAGAGCAUACUAAAUACUGGACUGGAACAAUGGGGCUUACACUCCCAUUAUGUGACAUUGAAGGACUCCAGGAAUUUCUCUUUGAGAUGAAUCCUUUUAAAGCUAUUCAUGAUAUUUUUAUACCUGAACUCUGGGAAGAAGUAUUUCGCUGCUCAUGGUCAGCUGCAAUGCAGAAAGAAAAUAAACUGCAAUUAAACACGAGUCAGUCUGCUCUGAAAGAAACCUGCACUGGGCUGGAAGAUAUGAGGGCAGCUAAUCACUCCUACACAGAUGAUGGUAACUUCCGAGUCUCAUGCAAUGUGAACAAUGCUGUAUAUGCAGUCGCUUAUGCCCUGCAUGAUUUGCAGUCCUGCGAAAAUGGAAAAGGACCUUUUGAAAAUGGAACCUGUGCAAAUGCACAUGAUUUUGAACCUUGGCAGCUUCUACAUUACAUGAAAAAAGUCAGAUUCAUCGACCAAUCAGGAAAUGAACAACAUUUUGAUGAAAACGGUGAUGUUUCAGCCAUAUACGAUGUAAUAAAUUGGCAAGAAACUUCUGAUGGCGUAAUUAAAUUUGUGAAAGUAGGACAUUAUGAUGGUAGAGCACCUCCAGGACAUGAACUUACCAUUAGAGAGUGGGAUCUCAUCUGGAAUGCUGGUGAAUUAGAGGUUCCUCGUUCUGUAUGUAGUGAAAACUGCCACCCAGGAACUAGGAAAACAGUUCAACAAGGACAACCAAUCUGCUGCUUUGAUUGUAUUCCUUGUGCUGAUGGAGAGAUAUCAAAUGGCACAGAAUGUUUUCAGUGUCCUGAAGAUUACUGGUCAAAUCAAAAGAAGGAUAAGUGUGUACCGAAGGAGGUGGAAUUUCUAUCUUUUUAUGAGCCAUUGGGGAAUGUUUUAACAUUUUUUUCAAUCUUAGGGGUUACUAUCUCUGUAGCUAUUAUUGUGAUAUUUAUAAAGUUCAUGAAUACGCCCCUUGUACGAGCUAAUAACUAUGAACUGAGUUUCCUUUUGCUAUUUUCUCUAAUGUUGUGUUUUCUGAUUUCUCUUAUAUUUAUUGGUAAGCCUUCAGUCAAAGUUUGUGUACUCCGUCAAAUAGGAUUUGGCACCAGCUUUUCCUUGAGCCUCUCAUGCAUCCUUGUUAAAACUACAGUGGUAGUACUGACUUUUGCAAUGACAACACCGAACCAAAAUGUGUUAAAACAUUUUCGGCCCAUGCAUCAUCGUAUGAGUGUUGCAGCUAUAACACUCAUUCAAAUUGGUAUCUGUAUUGGGUUUUUGUUAUCAUCACCACUUUCUGUGGAGAAAAACACAAUGGCUAUAGGUGGAAAAAUUAUCCUACAAUGCAGCAAAGGAUCUGAACAAGCUUUAUUUGGUAUUUUGGGAUAUGUUGGGCUCUUAGCUGUUUCCUGCUUUGUUUUGGCAUUUCUGGCCCGAAAAUUGCCAAACAAUUUCAAUGAAGCCAAAUUUAUCACUUUUAGUCUGCUUAUCUUUUUUGCAGUGUGGAUAUCCUUCCUACCAGCUUACUUCAGUAGUAAAGGAAAAUAUUUAGUAGCAAUAGAAAUAUUUGCUAUCCUGUCCUCAAGCUUUGGCCUUCUUGCCUGUAUUUUCUUUCCCAAAUGUUAUGUUGUUUUGCUGAGGCCCGAAUUGAAUACAAAACGUGGUCUGAUGGGUCGUGCAGAAAAAUCCACCUAG